AUGGCGGAACCAGGGGUCAGGCAGCUACACAUUGGGCUGCCGGGGGUUCCUGAUGGGCCCGAUCUCGAUCUUGAUUUGGAGGGGGACAAGACCCGUCCUGCAGAUCGCCAGCAGGGCAGUCCUCCUAAGAAGCACCGGCAGGAAGGAGAGCCGGGGGCGCCGGGAUUGACCAUGGAUGCACUCCGGCAGCUUUUGGCAGAGCAAUCUCACUCGUUGCUGCAGGCGCAGCAGAUGCAAAUGGCUACUUCCUUUCAGGCCUUCGAGGAACGCCAGUCGACUCGUCUGGAUCACAUUGAGACUAAGGUCACAUCGCAGGGGUCCAAGAUGGAUGAGAUGGAGAGCCAGCUCAAGGAGCUGGCGAGCAGGCUCUCGCAGGUGGAAGCGAGGCCGGCGGUGGCCACCACGACUGGCCCGGACAGGAAAACGACUUUGGUCUUCGGUGGUUGGGCAGAAGGGACUCGGAGACAGAUCCUUCUCCAGCAGCUGCAACAGGCCUUGCAAGGGUUGGACCUGUGGGGAUCCUUGGACUCAGCACCCUUCUGUACGGGAGCUCGACGAUCAGUGGCCCUGUGCAAUUUCAGGCGUCGGGCCCAUGAGGGCUCGGAUGAGCCCCGUGGCCGUAUGAUGCAGAUCGUGCAAGCCAUUAACGCCAGUCAGGUUACGAUUACCGGGGCCCCCAAGCCACUUUGGGCUUCCUUCAGCAAGACGCCGGAGGAGCGGGGCAAGGCGGCUGUGGUCUCGGCGGUUCGCAAAGUCCUCCUUCGGCUGCACACGCCACGGAUGAGUGACCUUGACGCUGAAUACAACACUGGCAGGUGUUGGGUAAAGGAUGAUCAGCUGUCUGGCCUUGGCGACCCGCCGUCGGAGGUGCACCAUGCCAGGGUGGUGGACACACGUGCAGGUAAAGCCUGGAUCGACGAAAGGACGUUGGCCAAGUGGGUCGAGACCGACCUGUCCCAGGUUCAGCAGGCAGUCAAGGACGCUGGUCGGAAGGAGAUCGAAAAAGAGGACCUGAUACUGCUACAAGAAGUCCCCAGAGAGAAAGAGGGUUGGAUGUACCAAGAACUUGCAGGCAGAAGGGUUGUAUCGCAUCGGGCAGAGCGUCAGUGGAGAGGGACAGGGCUGUGGUAUGACAGUGGCACGUGGUGUGUUCUUCGUAAACUCUUCACCAACAGGGGCACAUGGUUCAAACUCAAACACCUGGAACGACCCGUGGAAGUUUGGAUUGGUACUGCUCAUUUCUCUCCCGGAGUCCCGGUGUCACAGUACGAGGAAGAGGUGCACAACCAUUUUACACCUCUGCCGCAGAACGCACACAGGGUUGUCUUUCAGGGGGACGUCAACACUCCCUUUGGCUGGUCGGCGCCUUCCUCUGGGGAGAUUGCAGAGGUGGCGAAGGAGGGUAAGGGUAGCAUCCUGCACAAGGUCCUUACGGAGCGUGGGCUCCGUCUUCUCUGCCCCUCGGAAUCUCAGCUCACAGUUCCCACUAGCAGACCCCGGCAAGAGAACAGGGAUGGGCAGUGCAUUGAUGUCAUGGCGGUGAGUCACCUCAGGGUCAAAUACUGGCACAUUCAUGUUGACUCCUAUCUCCAGAUUGGCACCGACCAUGAGCUUUGUGAAGGGUGUCUUGUACUUGAUGCUAAGCGCAACCAUCACAGGCAUGAAACACAGCCGAGAGUUUGGACAGGUCAGCUUCGUCAGAUUUGCGGGAUGGACCAGGGGGUUAUUGAGUCAUUGGCGCGGACCCAUACCAAACCGGCCCCGGGACAGGGGUACAAGGACCCCAGCGAGGUCCGCAAGGCUUUCAGGGAUGCCAAGAGAUCAGGGACGGCGGCCGCGUGGAAGGGUGCACUUAAACUUCGGAAAGACGCCCGGAAGCAUUGGGAGUGGGAGCGGCUACAGCGGGCCAGCCAGGGAGAUUGGAAGGAGCUGCGGGGCCUGAAGCCAUGCAGGCACGCGGGCUGGGAUAUCAGUUUUGCGGAACAGCAAGCAGGGGAUCCACAUGAGGUCGUGCACAGACACUUGGCCGCAGUCUACUCUGGAGCAGGGGUCCCGGAAGAACCACAAGCAUGGACGGGUGAGGUGAGGGCCUUUAGCAUGGAAGAGCUCAGGGUUGGGGUCCAACAUCUCAAGCGAGGGAAAGCAGUUGGUGCUGAUUUGACGUCUACGGAGCUCAUCCACCGGAUCAUGGAGGUAGAGGGUGGGCCCCAGCACCUUCUUGAGUGGUACAACAGGAUUCUGGCUACAGGGAUCAUUCCUCAGCGUUGGAACGAACCUAUCCUCAUUCUGCUCCCCAAGGUACGUGCCCCUAAGGCUGCAAAGGAACUUCGUCCUAUCGCUAUGGGUUCAGCAGUUUCCAAGCUCUUCAGCAGGCUCCUUCUUAACCGCGCGCUUCCCUUGAUCUCGCCGCAGUCCUACGCACAAUGCUCUGGGCCGGGACGACAGACCUCUGAUUUCCUCUACUCCAUUAUCAGGUUGUUUGAACUCACCCGUGAAUGGGGCAACCCGUUGGUGGUUUUCAAACUCGAUUUGGAGAAGGCCUUCGACAGUUUAGAUCGUCAGGUCCUUUUGGAGAAGUUGGAGGCAAAGAUCGGGCAGGGUGCGGAACUGCAUUGUUGGAAAGGGUUACUCCGGGGGACCACGGGCAUUCUGCAGACCCCCUGGGGAUCGUCGAGGGUGCCGAUGGGUCGAGGGAUAAAGCAGGGAGCGGUCGAGAGCCCAGUCAUCUUUGCGUACAUUGCUGAACUUGCACUGCUGGAUGCUGUCUCCUUGCACGGAUGGCGCAAUCUGAAUCCUCUAUUUCCGGAUCUCUCCCCAGAAGAAAUGCUGUAUAUGGACGACGGCAUGUUAUGGAAUGGGUUGACUUCCGUGGUUCAGAGCCGUGCUCAACAACUCUCAGUGGAAUUCUCUAAGUACGGGUUGAAAAUGAAUGCCGCCAAGUGCCAGCUCUACACUACGCCCAAUGUGGAGGGUGAGCACGCCAUCUACCUGAAUGGGGUUCGCAUAGAGGCAGCGUCGCACCUUGAGGUUAUGGGCCUCUCUCUUCGGGUCGGCAUGUCCACCUAUGAAUUGGUGUCUCCGGCCACAACCAGGGCUAGGGCAAAAUUCUGGGAGCUACGCCACAUCUUCAGGGCAAAGGGCAACAUGAAGCAGCGAGCAAGGGUCAUGGAGCGCAUCAUCGGAGGGACGGCGUUAUGGUUCAUAUGCUCGGUUCCCCCUGACAAGGCUACCAUGACGGCGCUUAACUCGGCACAACUCCAGCUAAUGGUUUGGUUGCUCCGCUUUGCAAAGGCUCGGGAUGAAACGUGGGAAGACUUUCGUCAGAGGGCAUUCCGAGGGGCCAGGGCGGCUUUGCAUGCGGCGGGGGUUGAAAGGUGGAGCACGGUGUGGUUGCGCCGGUGGUGGAGCUACGCGGGUGCUGGAGUGGUGCUGGUGAGAUGCAUCGAUCGAGCGACCUCGUGUGACUCUCGCGCCUGCCUAGCGCCCGCUAUGGCACUCCAUAUCUUCAUGUUCUACCUGCUGGCCGGCAUGGCCGAUGCAGCUGGCGACACUCCGAACGGAGACUUGCCAUCCAUGGACUCUCCUAGGGAGCCUUUGACAACGGAGGUCGUGAUGACCACCGACGGCUCGGUCCUUCCACGGAUGUUUGGAAGCCUGAGCCCUUCACCCACUACUCCGGACGAGACAAUGACGAUGUCUGGAGGCAUGCCUGAAUUCAUUGACCCGGCUGCCCUUACAGCUGAUGCCUCCCGUGGCUCUUCAAGCUCGAUGAGCCCACCUCUUGACCUUCCGCGCGAUUCUGCUGAAGAACACCCUGGUCGGCGGGAGCACGACCCCCAGAGGCACCACGGCUACCCGAUCAACCGGAAGACCCAGGUGAUCUGCGAUCCUCCUGCAUGGUUUACGUCGGCCACUGCACGUCUAGAACAGCUGCGGCGGCAAGGCGAAGGACAGGAACCAGUUUGGUUAGCUGUGCUCCGGAGAGUUGAACAUAGAGCGAACCCCCACUACCUCCAAUGGUGUCGCACUUUCCUUCGACCUCUACGGGCUCACUUCAGGUCGCGACUCGAAUGGCAACUGUACACGCGGCCCCUUUCUACCGCUGAGAUCCAAUGGGCCCGAGAUGUCGAGCUUGCCACAGCACAGGACUAUGCAGCUUCGUGCCCUUCGGGUAGAGGACUGGUGAUGCGGGCGAUCCCGCACCUGCCCACGGACGACCGCAUCCUGGCUCAGGUACCACAACCACAACCAACGGAGGCGGACCCCAUGUUCGGCAUCUUCCAAGCAGCUUGGGUUAACACCCGCCGGGGCACUUGGGGCCCCUCGGGGACUAGUGACCCUGAUGCCCAACGGCAACCUGCGGAGGACGAGACUGUGGGCUGUGAGGAAACUACGGAGUUCACUAGCCUGCUCACUUUGAGUAGAGGGGCGCCCUUCAUGUCUCUGCUUCAGGGGGUUCUGGCUGUGGACAGACCGUGGCAGGGUAACAGAGUUCCGUAUUGGUUCGAUGAUAUGGCUGAGAGGGUUGAACUCAUGCUGGACAGGGGGAUGAAGAUGGAGACCUUCAUGGAAGUUUUCGGGGACAGGUUCGCAAUGCACUACGACGGGCGGUUCUGCGAGGAGGUCACCACCACGAGGGAUGAGUUUGAACGACGGCUUCGCAGUUACCGACAGAUUGAAGGAGACCCUGUCAUCGAACGAAUGGGGCGACCUACGGAGGGGGAGAUUGAAGACAUGGCCGGCUGGUGCUUCCAACAGAUCCGAACACGAUGGCUACGGGAAUGUUGCCCCGAAGCCAUGGCCAACAUGGAGCAUGAGGCAAACCUGGCAGCGCAUGGCUUUGUGGGGAUCACCGUGACGGCCGACCGCCAACGACGCGAACAACGAGAAAGGGAUCGGUUGUCUAGGUCGAGGACACCGCAUAGACGAGGCAGGGAAACUUGGCGAAUGGAGACAGGGAACCCCUCGGAUGAUGAGGCUGGCCUUUUCCAACUUCCGGCAGGGGGACAGACUCGCUGGGAGCGCCUCAUCGAGCAAAUGUGGCAGUGGUUUGAAGAAGGGAGGGCAAUUGGUAUGGCUAUCUGCAUGCUUCGAUCUCGGGCUAUGUCGAGGCAGGAAGCCGCAUACCUGGAGUGGGUCUUGCCACCCAUUGCUACAUUGGGGGCUGGUUUCCCCAACUCAUCGGGACAGGAUGAGUCCACCACGCCGCAGAACUUCUACGACUGGGCGCGAGAGAUUGAGGAGCACCUCUACGGGUACUACCAGGCGGCAAUGGAGGGACAGUCUGACGAGGCACAGGGGCGGGUCAACCACACGUCGGGGGAUGACAGUAGCAUGAUGGAGCGGGAUCGCUAUCGCAAUGGUAGACGUCGGAUCAGGGAUUCGAGGACACCAAGGCGCAAUGCUCAAACUCGACAAGGCGGAGGUACAGAUGCAGGGAGAGAAGCCAGACUCACGCGGAUCAGGGAGCGGACGAUCAGGAGGACCAACGUGGCUACGACGACUCCAACAGCUGGGGAGGCAAGUUCCGGCUCAGGUGGAAGAUGCCACGAACCUGCCUCUGGGUCGAGGGACCCUGCUCCAGUUACCUUGGUGGCACGUCCGACUAUUGCUGGCUUCCCCAAUGUGACGCAGCCCAUGAGCUCUGACCAGGCGGUGAACCUAUGGCGGUAUUAUCUCUUUGAUAGGGAGCACUUUGGACCACGUCUUGAAGGCAAUGCUCGGGUCCCCUCGAGCUUCCUCCCGCCACGAAUGCUUCGGGAGAUCAGUGCACAGCAUGAGGCCAUGACGGUCCAAAACAGGUUGGUCUCCACCUGUGCUCUGGUGACAGUCCUUCGAUAUCUGAUGUCGGAGCUGAGCCAGACUUUGGACGUGGCAGAUGCAAUUGCACGAUCCAGGGUGAGUGACACAGUUGAAGUACCGGUCGAAGAAGAGGGUGAUGAUGAUGCCAACCUCCUCGUGCAAACCUUCCUCCUCACUGACGGCAAGGACACUAUGGAGAGCCGUUGGCGCCGAGCAAUUACACGCCUCCACAAGGAGCUCCUGCAACAACCGGGCUCGAUUCAGCGCCUACAUGUUCGUAUGAUUCAACAAGGCAUCCCGCCUCUUGUGGCUGGAGACUCGUGCCAAUGGGUGGCGCAACUGCAAGCGCUGUUGGUGGCGCUUGAAGCGGACCUCGUCGGGAGUCCUGUCGCUGGGGAGGCUGACGCCCACCUGGAUUGGCUUAUGGGAUGGGUGAAUGAAAUUGCUGCGUUUGUCCCGGGCUUCCUCUCGGAACCGACUCCUCUACAGGUUGACUCGCAGAGCACGGCUCCUGGGCCUACUGUUGCAACGGAUGCAGAUGAUGAGCUGCUGCAACUGCUGGAGGACGAGGAUAGUGAGCGACGAUGGCAGGAUCAGCGUGCACGUGAAGAGGCGGAAGAACGUCGCCGACUCCAGGCUCACCGUGAACUAUGUGAACGUGAACUUGCUGAACUACAAGCGGAAGCAGAGGCCUACCGGGCUUGGGAAAAUGCGGAGGUACGGAAGGCAACUGCCUCAUCGAGGCCUUCUCCAUCUAAGCGACGGUGUGUCAUGACGCUGGAGGCAGCAUCGGGAUCGGAAGAGACUCCGACCAUCUUGCACACUCUGUCUGUGGAUGUUCCUCUGACUGGGGAGCCGUUGACCUUGACAAUACGUGCCAGAAUGGAACCGGAGCCGGAGAAUGUCUCGACUGUGGCUGUGGACAGUGCUGCAGAGGGAAGAGACGGAACUCCACCGCAGGCGACGGCGGCAACAUGCUCUUCGCUCCCCAAUUUGUUCCCGGAGCUGGCCUUUCAGGACUACGAGCAGGUCUAUGCACGUUGGCGUCGGGGUGAGAUCACGACGCUAGCGGUGGCCCAGCAAUAUGGCGCAGAGGUAGCAGACCUGGUGCAGACACAGUACGCGGUCGGACAGGCGGAGAACAUGAGCAUGGAACGUGGUGGAGGGUUAGGCUUGCCGCCACUUGAGCCAGUGGACACCAGAGAGCUGUCUCCUGUGAUGGCGCCGGAUCACCCGCGCCCGCAGUUCCCCUUCUUCGAAUCGAUGUACGGCCAAUGGAAGUCUGGACUGCGAACCAGUGAAAAUAUUGCUGCAGCCUUUGGACCGAGGUGGUUGCAACUCUUUGAAAUGUGGCGCCGGGAAGGACUACAAGCCAUUGAACCUCUCCUUGUGGAUGUCCUCCAGCCAGACGACAUGGGGGGCGGAGUUGGAGAUGCAAAUGGGCAGACUCCUGGGAACUCGGGAAUUGCAACGGUUCUGGAUCCAACUCCUUGUGGCUCUGGGCGCAUCUCCUACUCGGUUGUCAAGCAGGUUCAUGCACAAUGGAUGAAAGGGUUGCUCAAGGACGAGACGGUGCAUGAGAUUUAUGGGCCGGACUGGUUGAGACUAUUCCGGAGAAUGAGGGACGAAGGAGUGGACGCCUGCAAAGAGGAGCUCUCGCAGAUGGUCGUAUGGGAUUCCACAGAACCAGAGCCUGAAGUACCAGAAGCUGAAGCCGUGCAGUCAGUGGAAGGCGUUGCGACGAGUACACCAGAGCAGGAGGUCAAGAGCGAAGAAGUGCCAAGGGCUACGUCACCAGCUGAGGGUAAGGGUCAAUAG